UAAAUUAUUGGUAUUUAUGAUUUCCUGUUAUGCCUGGAUAUUUUGUGUACAAAUCUGGAAAUUUUGGUUCCUGGGUCCUUUGUGAAUAUAUUCAAGGGAUGGCAGAAGUUGGAGAGAGCUCGGGUGCAAAACCCUGUGAAGAAUUCUGGGCCAAGCUCGUUCCAUCAGACUCGAGAUAUCCGGAUGUUGAGAUUAGUUCACGUGAGAUUGUAGUUUGCUCAGAGAUCUUGUUCUCUUCUAUUCGCAAAUGCAAGUGGUGCAAGAUUUCUAUGGAUGCCGAGCAUGCAAUAUGCUGCAAUUGCUUGAACAUAUGGCAUGAUGUAGUUACCGUUGCUCCUUGCUUCCAUAAUUUCUGUAAUGGAUGCUUCUCAGAGUGGUUAAAGAGAUCACUGGAGAAACGUUCAAGUGUACUCUGUCCCCAUUGUCGAGCAGUUGUACAGUUUGUUGGAAGAAAUCACUUCUUGCUUAACGUUGUGGAUGAAAUACUACAAGCUGAUUCUUCACUAAAACGCACCAAUGAUGAAGUGGCAAUUUUAGACUCUUAUGCAACAAUACAAUCUAAUCUUGUCGUAAAAAGGGCUCACUCCCAGGUGAUGAAGAAGCUGAUAAUCCAUCAAAUCCAUGCCCUCAAUGUGGUACUGAAUAUGGUGGGUUCUGCUGCAAUCAAACCACUAUCCAUCUGCAAUGUCAAGCAUGCGGAGGAAUGAUGCCUUUGCACACCAAUAACAGUAUACCUCAACACUGUUUAGGAUGUGAUAAGGAAUUUUGCGGUACAUAUUGGCAUGCGCAAGGGGUUUCACAAAGUGAUUCUCACCGUGUGUGCAGGCGUGAGACUUUUAAACCAAUCUCAGAAUGGACCAUCUCUGGAAUCCCUACUUCAGCUCAUGAAAACAAUCGACAUGAACAAGUUAUCACUGAGAAGUGUAUUGCACAGUUGGGGAGAACAUUACAGAAUGUUAUUGCAGAAUGGCUUGCAAAGUUGAACAACAGAGAAAUUGAUCGAACGAGGAUGCCCCUGAAUCCUGCUGAAACAAUAACUUCUGGGACACCUACGUGCAAUUACUGUUACGAGAAGCUAAUCUCCUUCCUCUUGUACUGGUUUCGGAUUUAGAUUCCCAAGUAUCAUCUACCCACAGAGGCAUCAAACAGGGAAAAUUGCUGGUAUGGAUAUGCAUGUCGGACACAGCACCAUAAUGAAGAACAUGCUCGUAAAAGAAAUCAUGUGUGCCGGCCAACUAGGGGUAAGUAUAUGUAGAUCUUCUUUCUCUGUUUUUGAGAAUUAGAAAUUUAUUACAACCUUAUCUUCUCUGGUACAACUGAGAUUUUCUGGCAGCCAUUUAUGUAUAAGAGUUGUUUACUUUUGUUUGCUCAUAAGUUUCGCGUACAUAUCAUUGCACGACUUCAAACCUACACAUGCGAAGCAACUUGAAAACUUUUGAAGCUCUAUGCAUCCCUAAGGGCAUGAUGAAAUGGUAAUCAUUUGAUAAAGACAUGAUCAGUAGAUAAGAUCAUCUUGCAAUACUAAUUAAACAAAUCGAAUUUAGGCCGCUUGAGAUCGAUUAGUAGACAACCGAGGGUUUUCGAUACUCUGGGCUUACAACAUUCAAGCAUGAUCAUAGAUUCACAGUUCCACAGAAACGAAAUCAUCAUCCAUAUUUUACAAACCAAACAUUUGAAUUCGAAUUCCACAAAGUACCAAAAUCUACCUCUCAAUAGACAUAAUUUGCAAACAAACUUGAAAAAGGAAAUUCGGAAACUAGGGCUCGUAAACUUGUUGAAGCUCGUUUUUCACCGAAGACUAGUUCGUUCAACAAACUGUGGUAUAAUAGAACCACCGUAAGACACAGUAAGAAAAGAGGAACAAUUCCACUCCAUUUAACCCAUCAGUUUCAAGCCUUCUGAGAGAUGGUAGCUGUGCCAAUG